GUCGUCAUACCGACUUUUCGACAGUAGUGUGGUAGUGGUGCAGUGGACUGCAAUAGACGGUAGGUAUGUGGUUGGCUAAGACACUCGUAUUCAGUGCUUUAGUGGUUGUAGCAUGCUGCAACAGGAAUUUCCCACCUGGCUUCAAGUUUGGGGCCGCAACAGCUGCCUACCAAGUCGAAGGAGCUUGGAAUGUUAGUGAUAAAUCCGAGAGCAUCUGGGAUGUGUUCACCCACGAGCACCCCGAGGCCAUCAUAGACCGCUCCACCGGAGACGUGGCCUGCGACAGCUACCACCAGUGGCAGAGGGACGUUGAAAUCGCCUCUGAACUUGGGUUGCACUUUUACAGAUUUUCCAUAGCCUGGGCGAGGUUAUUGCCGAAUGGUUUCUCAAAUUAUGUCAGCGAAGAUGGCAAGAAAUAUUACAGUGAUCUCAUUGACGGGCUCUUGGAGAAGGGAAUCGAACCCGUGGUCACUCUGUACCAUUGGGAUCUGCCGCAAUCCUUGCAAAAUCUAGGGGGUUGGACAAAUCCACUGAUAGCUGACUGGUUCGGGGAGUACGCACGGGUCGCGUUUUCCCUUUACGGCAACCGAGUCAAGACCUGGUUAACCAUAAAUGAACCCAUAAUCUAUUGCCAAGUGAGCUAUGGCUCUGGUAUGCACGCUCCUGGGAUUGCAAGCCCGGCCUUUGGAGGCUUGAUGUGCAGUAAGAAUGCUGUUCUCGCACAUGCAAAAGCGUGGAGGAUCUAUGAUGAAGAGUUCAGACAAAAAUAUCAAGGUAAAGUUUCUCUGACCAAUCAAUUAAUGUGGUUCGAACCAGAUGACGAAAAUGAGCAGGAAUCGGCAGAUCUCGCUCAACAACUUUGGGGUGGAGUAUACACUCAUCCCGUAUUUUCAAAGGAUGGUGGAUGGCCUCCUGAAUUGGAGAAGAAGAUAGCAGAAAAGAGCAGGCAGCUGGGAUAUACGGGGUCGAAGUUACCCCCGUUCACUCAGGAAGAGAAGGAACUAGUUAGAGGAACGUACGACUUCUUCGGUUUCAACUUCUACACGGCUCGCACUGUACGAAGAGCGAAGGCAGGCGAGGAAGUUGGACCCUGGCCUUUUACUGGUUGUCCAGACCUCGACUUCAUACUGUCAGUCCGUCCCGAUUGGAAGCCUGGGGCCACUCGCUGGUUUUUUUCGUACCCCAGAGCCUUGCGACUCCAACUGUCUAAGGUGAAGCAGCAGUACGGUGACAUAGACAUCUUCAUUCUGGAGAACGGUGUCGCUGGAUACGACACAGAUCUGGACGACCAGGAUCGCAUCAACUUUUACAGAGAUCAUUUAGAACAGGUACUAUUGUCAAUCAACGAGGAUGGAGUGAAAAUAGUAGGAUAUACAGCGUGGACCAUGAUCGACAAUUACGAGUGGAGCGACGGAUAUCGAUCUAAAUUCGGUCUGUACGAGGUGGAUUUCAGCGACCCGCAGCGCACGCGGCGGCCCCGCGCCUCCGCGCAGUACUACGCGCGCGUCAUCCAACAACACUCGCUUGAUGUACUCGACACCAAUAAACUUACUGAUGAACUGUAUUGGACCUUUGUUCUUAUUUCUCCUAUUUUUAAGAUCCCGUAAUCGAAGGGUGUCAGC